AAGUUCACGUGUUCGAGUGACAGAAAGAAAUGUGCGGUUGCACAGCGCUAAUUUUGCUCUCUUCCAAGUUGGCAACGCGUCACAUUCAAUUUGUAAUUGUUGCGUUGAGACGACACAUCGCACUGUUUUUUGGAAAUUCUGUGCGGAUAAAAAAAUAAAAUCAUUGUUGAAUUCAUUUUCAAGUGGUUGCUAACAGUGUUUGUUACUUCUGUUUCAGUUUCGAUCAGUGUUCGCUGCAAAAAUGGGUGACAAUUUGUACACAUUGUGGUGUAAAGAACCAGCGCCGAAUCACGAUUUGUACGUGGAAAUUUGUUCAACCGAAUAUGGUCGAUCGACAAAUGACAAGACAAUGAAAAAGAAUAAUGUGACGGCGAAGAAAUUGCGUGACAAAGGCAACGAGUUGUAUUCCAAGAAGAAAUAUCACGAUGCAAUGGCUUACUACAAUCAAAGUAUUUCGUACGCCGAAAAUAAUUCCGAGGCAUUAGCAUUGGCGUACGCAAAUCGAUCGACGUGUUUUCUCAAUCUGAAUCUGUUCCAAGAGUGUUUGAUCGACAUUGAAAGAGCUCGGAUCGGAUACCCGUCAUCGCAAAUGUCAAAACUUGAUAACCGCGAACAGAAAUGCAUGGAUUUGAUGAACAAAAUUGGCAACGAAUCGCAUGUUCGGGAGCCGGAAUUGAGUUUCAAUGAAAAUGGAAUGCAUCCUGGUGUUGCUGAUUGCUUGAAAAUUGAAAAGAAUUCCAAGUUUGGUCGUCACGUGGUCACGACACGUGAUUUGGAAAUUGCUCAAACGAUUCUGGUGGAAAUGCCAUUUGCUUUCAAAAACGAGCCCAUCAAGCCGGAUCAUUCGAUGCAGUAUGACCCAUUCGUUGAUAAAUCGCGUAUCAUUCAACACGAUCGAUCUGGUGACAAUACGUUUGGACGAUGCAUGUACUGCUAUGUUGAAUGCACCAAUUUGAUUCCUUGUGAAAAUUGCGCGGGCGUUUUGUUUUGCGAUGAAGUUUGCAUGAAAAAAGCUUAUCAUAAAAACGAUUGCCAGAUGGCUGACAGUUCGCGAAAGGAAACACUCGGUAUGGUAUUGCGGAUGCUGUACCGUACAAAUGAUGCAUUUCCAUGUGUCAACGAACUGAUGACGACUGUCAGACUGCUGUUGGACGGUAACAAUGUGAACUGGCACCAAAACGAUGACCAAAGAAAUUUCAGCUUGAUUUUCCAGUUGCCCACGCAUUCCGGCCAUCAGUGGAGCCGCAAUUUGAAACUUACACGUACCGUCACCGAAGUGAUUUACAACAAAGUCAUGCGUCUGCCAGACUUCAAAGGGAAAUUUACAUCUUCGACUCAUCGUCGUUUUUUGCAGCACUUGAUUCUACAUCUUUUCCAUGUUGCUGAACAUGCAAUCAAUGCCAGCGAAUAUUGGCGUGAAAGUGAUGAUCAAAAUUUGGGCACUUUUGACGUACGCACAUUUGGCAACGGAAUGUAUCCAUUCGGGUGCUACAUCAAUCAUUCUUGCACCCCAAAUGUGUGCUGGUAUUUCGUUGAUCACCGUUUGAUUUGUCGUGUGAUUCGACCAAUCAGGAAAAAUCAACAGCUGUUCGGUUUCUAUUUCCCAUCUACAUUGUGCGAGCACAUCCCACAUCAGAAUCGUGGUCUUUUACUCGAAUAUCAUUACUUUUUCAAGUGCAAGUGCAAGCUUUGUUUGAACCCGAAUUGGUCCAUUUUCACGGGAAAGGAUCUCAGCGAAGGUCCAUUGUACGAGAAAGCGAUCGAACCGACAUGGAUGGAUUUGAAUGAAAUUCGCAAGCUAACUACCGAAGAGCUCGUAUCUUAUGAAAGAGAGGCGGCCAAAUUUUUGGCAAAAUAUGAUCGUUUCCAUCCAGUAAAAGAUACAAUGAUGAUGCAACAUCAAUUGCACAUGCUUUGGAACACUUUCGCUUCUCGGCGUUGAUCUGACGUUAGCCAUUCAGCCGCAGUUUGCAGCAUGCAUAGUGUUUUUUUACUACUUUUUUCUCAGUAUUGAUCACUGACAUUAUUCAGACCGAUUUUAUGAAAAUCUAAACGGUUUAGCGACAUAAAAAUGACAGCUCGCAAACAAUUAACAAAUACCAUUGGAAUGGUAGCUAACUUUAAGAACAUUUUUUGAUAAUCACUUCAAUAUAAAACACUCAAUAAUUCGCGAAAAUCUUUCAUUGUGGCUUUUUGGACUACUUCUCGUUAGUUCUCUUGCGUUAAUCACAAACUCAUUCAUUGACAUUUCCAUCACUAUCAAAUCAUUCACAGAGAAGAAUUAGACAUUGGAUUUAUUUAUAGAAUUAUCAUUUUCGAUUCUUUUAUUCAAUUCCAUUUCAAUUCAGUCAUAUACAACAGACAUACAAUUAAAAACAAAUUUAUGAGCCAGCUAAAUAUUUUGUAAGUUCUUCAUCAAUAAAGUGGACAAAAACAUA